AUGGGCAAAGUUUGUCCGUUGUUGGGACCAAAAAUGUCCGCAUUUUGCAUGAUUAUGUCAGUGUGGGGAGUUAUUUUCCUGGGACUUCUUGGCGUAUUCUUCUACAUUAAUGCCGUCACCCUGUUCCCAGACCUUCACUUCGACGAAUCCAACCCACAAGUGACAACAGUUGAAAUCGAGGCCAAGUACAGCGAGAAAGCGACUCAAUGCUGGAUUGCCGCCGGAUUGUACGCCGUCACACUGAUCGUCGUCUUCUGGCAGAAUAAAUACAACACGGCGACAAUUUUCUAA